AUAAUCAGACGGACGAGAUCUUUGGGAUCAGAAAAUGGAAACUGCAGACGAUAGAAACCGGCGCUCCCUCCCCCACACUCCGCAAACGAAACAGUGUUUGUUGUUUUCUCACAGUCACACUCAGAGUCUCGAAACGGAGGAGAGGCUGGCUGUUUCUUUUUAUUCUAAUUCUUUGUUCUCUCUAACUGAAUUCGAUGGUUUUGUUAAUCAAUGCCCUAACCCUACCUCGGACCAUGAUGGUUUCGUCAACGGACCUGGUGUUUGAGGCCGAGGACAUCGAAUUCGGCAACCCUUGGUGGUUCGUCUACGCCGGAGUAUCGUGCCUUAUGGUUCUGUUCGCCGGAAUCAUGUCUGGCUUAACCCUCGGCUUGAUGUCCCUCAACCUUGUUGAGCUUGAGAUCCUCCAGCGUAGUGGUACCUGCGCCGAGAAAAAGCAAGCCGCUUCUAUCUUGCCGGUGGUGCAAAAGCAGCACCAGCUUUUGGUUACUUUGCUUCUUUGUAAUGCUUGUGCCAUGGAGGCCCUUCCUAUAUAUCUUGAUAAAAUUUUUCAUCCUUUUGUUGCUGUUUUGCUAUCUGUAACCUUUGUCCUAGCUUUUGGAGAGAUAAUUCCACAAGCCAUAUGCUCAAGAUAUGGACUAGCCGUUGGUGCAAAUUUUGUGUGGCUUGUCCGUGUUCUGAUGGUCAUCUGUUAUCCAAUUUCUUACCCUAUUGGAAAGGUUCUGGAUGCUGUACUUGGACACAAUGAUGCUUUGUUCAGGCGAGCUCAGUUGAAAGCUCUUGUCUCUAUUCACGGCCAAGAGGCUGGUAAAGGUGGUGAACUCACCCAUGAUGAGACAACAAUAAUCAGUGGAGCACUAGAUUUAACCGAAAAGACUGCGGAGGAGGCUAUGACACCUAUUGAAUCGACAUUUUCUUUGGAUGUCAAUUCCAAAUUAGACUGGGAAGCAAUUGGAAAAAUUCUUGCACGAGGGCAUAGUCGUGUCCCUGUCUAUUCUGGAAAUGCAAAAAAUAUAAUUGGACUUUUGUUGGUCAAAAGUCUUCUCACAGUGCGGGCAGAAACAGAGACUCCAGUCAGUGCUGUUUCAAUUCGUAGAAUGCCUAGGGUUCCAGCAGAUAUGCCUUUAUAUGAUAUCCUUAAUGAGUUUCAGAAAGGAAGCAGUCAUAUGGCUGCUGUUGUGAAGGUCAAAGGAAAGAGCAAGAUCCCUCAGCCUACCGUAGACAAAGAGAAAUUUGAGGAAACUAAUGCAAAAUCUGAUUUAACUGCUCCUUUGCUAACAAAGCAUGAUGAUAAAUCAGGAACAGUUUUCGUGGACAUUGAGAAAACUCCCAGGACUACAACGAACAAGCAAAGUGUUCAACAAAAUGGUGUGACAACCAAUGGCUUGCCGCAGCCAUCAGAGGAUAUUGAAGAUGGAGAAGUCAUUGGAAUUAUCACCCUGGAGGAUGUUUUUGAAGAACUUCUGCAAGAGGAAAUUGUGGAUGAGACAGAUGUAUAUGUUGAUGUACAUAAGAGGAUACGAGUGGCUGCUGCUGCUGCUGCAUCAUCUGUGGCACGAGCUCCAUCAAAUCGGAGAUUGACGGGUCAAAAACCUGCAGGAAGUCAAAUUAAGCAAGGGCAGACACCAAAGAAGUCUCUGGAGGAUGAAUCAUAUUUGAUUAAGCGUCCAGCUAAUCCAGUUGAACCUCCCGUUAGCAACAAGAGGUGACUUGAUAAUGCCAGUUGGGAUGAAAAUGGCCACAAAGUCGCAAGCUUCAUGUCUGUUGCAGUUUUUUGUUUGUCAGUAAUGAGCUCAUGUAACUUUUGAAUCUAGUUUUUGUGCAUAUUUGUUAUUCUGAGUAUGUAGUUUGUCCUGCAUGUCCAUAUUGUAUGAUGGUUCCAGGUUCAUAGCAAUGUAAUUUAAUGUUCUAGUAGACAAUCCGACUUCCUCCAUAUGAAAUAUGCAAUCAACAAAGUGGAAGUUGGAGUCUGGACCAUUUGGAUAUCACGAAGAAUUUUCCACAAUGAAAAGGCAGUUAUAUGCCCUAUGUCACUCCUUGUCUUUUCGGCACUCAGUUGCUUUCCCUCAAACGCAUCUUGAAUCCUUGAUUUACAGUUGUAGAUGCGAUGUUUAAGAACAUUACGUGGAUUUAUAUAUUUAUACAAAGCAUUCAUUCAUAUUA